GCAGAAAGCAACUUCAGACCAGCAGCAGUCAGACAGAGACACACACACACACACACAUACAUUAAACUAAACUAACUUACUGUGGUUCGAAGCCGUCAUCCAGAAAAAUGACAAACGAGUCUCUUCAUCUUAAUGUAGAUCAGUGGAUUGCGGAGAAUGAGAAAUCCUUUCUACCACCCGUCUGCAACAAAUUAAUGUUCUUCUAUCAGCUUAAUAUAAUGUAUGUUGGAGGUCCCAACAUACGGAAGGAUUACCACAUAGAGGAGGGUGAAGAGCUGUUUUACCAGAUCCGAGGAGACAUGGUCUUGAAGGUGAUAGAGAAUGGCAAACACAAAGAUGUGCACAUCCGUGAAGGAGAGAUGUUUCUGCUGCCAGCACGAAUCCCCCACUCUCCUCAGAGGCAGGCCAACACAGUGGGUCUGGUGGUGGAGAGGAGGAGACUGCGCUCGGAGACAGACUGCCUCCGGUAUUAUGUGGAUAACAGCACAGAUAUCCUGUUUGAACGUUGGUUUUACUGUGAGAACCUGGGCACCCAACUAGUUCCAGUUAUUAAGGAGUUUAUGGCCUCAAAGCAGCAUAAGACUGGGAAACCUGACCCAGAUGAUCCCAUCAAGCCGGCGCCCUUCUCCCUCAACACGAUUGAAGUAAUGACCCCAUUCUGCUUCCAAGACUGGCUGGAGAAACAGAAGCCUACACUGGCCAGUGGACAGCCUGUGGACAUGUUUGGAGCUGAGUUUGAGACUGAGACAUUCCUGUACGGACCUGGAAAGUCUGAACCUUCCAAAAGAGCCACUGAUGUCUGGAUCUGGCAGCUGGAGGGAUCAUCAAGUGUCACUAUGAAUGGCCGAGAGUACAAUCUCUCUGCGGGAGACUGUCUUCUAAUACUUGAGCAGACUGAGUAUACCUGGAACAGGCCUACAGAUUGUGUUGCUUUAUAUGUGGCUCAGGAUCCAGAGAGGAAGAGACCAUCCUAAACAUUAGCAACACAAUUACUCAGCUUUAGAUCCCUAUAAAUGCGCCAUAUUCUUUAUAUUUAGACAAUGCUUUCAAAUGCUUUUGAACUCCCUUUCUAAUGAAUGCAUUCAUCUACCUUAAGUAGCAUCCAUUGCUGACACAGAUCUGCAAAUGCAGCCCCACAACAUUGAGCUGUAGAGCAGUGGAAGUGUAUUGUCUGGAAUGGUGCUGCUCCAUCCAGGGCUUUCCAGAUGAGGUGAGAUAAUAAAAUAUUAUUGGAUAAUCAUUAAACAUCCUGACCUCACUAAAACCCUUGUAACUUAAAGCAAUCAAAUUCUCACAGCAACACUCAAAAAUCUAGCGGAAAGCCCUCCUUGGACAGUAAGGACAGUUACACCAACAAAAGUAGAAUAAUAAAAAAAAACUCUUACAUCAAAAAUUUCUUCAUUACAGAAAUUGGUUGUCAGGAAUUUUUUACUAACAUCUUUAGCCUGUAAAAACAAUAAUAUAGGACAAAUGGAGAUCAAUAUUGGCAAUCAUGCAAUCAUACACCCUACUCAGAUGGGAUUAGAUUUAUUUUAGGAGGUGGACUUAUACAGGAUUUGUAGGCUGAAGGUUUGAGCACACCUAGGCCUGUCAAGAUAGCUAUAAUAUUGAAUUAUCGUAGAAUAAAUGGACAUGACCUAUAUAAAAUAAUAUUUGAUAAUGUGA